UUGAUGAAGGCGGGACUUCCGGGUUUUUCGGUCUGCGGGCUCUAGUGCGCAGGCUCCAGCUUCUCAUCAGUGUAGGGGACUCAGCCGGAUCCUGGUCUGUGUAUUUUCUUCGGUUCUGGUUCGGUUCUGGGAGCGUUAAUAGAGCUUUUAGGGCGCAACAGCAGCAGUCGGUGAACCCUGAAGGAAUUCAGGCGGGUUAAAGCUGAGCUGGAGCUGCUGGGCCACAGUCAGCGGAGCGUCUGGAGGGGAGGAACCGCCGGAGAUGUGGGGACCGCAGGUCCAACAGGGACGGGAUGCUGCAGAAGACGGGCACAGAGACAUGGACGCCGCUUUCAGCCUCUUGGUCCAGCCGCACAGAUCAGAUGUUCAGGAGAGGCUGCUGGUUAAAGAAGAAGCUAAUGAAGAGCCGAGUCCUGGUGGAGACCAGCAGGACGCAGAGCGUCUUCACGUCAAGGAGGAAGAGGAGGAAAUCUGGAGCAGCCCAGAGGAUGAAGAGCUCAGUGUGAAGGAGGAGUCCGAUCCCACCAGGUUUCCACUGACUGUGGUUCUUAUGAAGAGUGAGGAUGAAGAAGAUAAACCUCUGUUCUCACAGCUUCAUCAGCCAGGAGACGGAGAUCUUCCAACCAGCAGCUCAGCUGGCCAGAUGAAAGCAGAUGAAGAGGACGGUGGAGGAGCAGAGUCCAGCAGGAACCCAGACCUGCACGCUGCUGGAGACACUUCCAGCUCUUCAGAGACGGAGGUCAGUGAGGAUGAAGAGGAGGAUGAUGUGAACCGUCCUGGUUCUCAUCUGAAUCCCCCACCAGACUCCAGCUCUGAAACCGAGGAUAGUGAGAACGACUGGAAAGAAACUAGAGCUGCAGAGUCAGGAGGAAACGCCGCCAACAAGUCGCUGAGCUGCUCCAAGUGCAGUCAACAGUUCAACAAGAGACACACAACCUGUCCUUCAAAAGCAAGACCUACAGGCUGUUUGGUUGGCAAGAAAAGUGUUAGAGAGAAGAAAACUGUUGAGUCGCUGAGGAACAUCCAGACAGGGGUUAAAUGUUUUACCUGUGACGACUGUGGUAAAAGUUUUAACUGGAAAAACAACAUAAACGUUCACAUGAGAAUCCACUCUGGAGAGAAACCGUUUGGUUGUGACAUCUGUGGCAGAAGAUUCAGCCAAAAGUCCCAUUUAAACAUUCACACCAGGAUCCACACAGGAGAGAAACCGUUCAGUUGUGAUGUUUGUGAACAAAGAUUCAGUGAUAAGUCCCAUUUAAACAAACACAUGAGGAUUCACACGGGGGAAAAACCUUUAGGUUGUGACAUUUGUGGACAACGCUUUAGUGACAAGACAAGUUUAAACAGACAUAUGAGAAUCCACACAGGAGACAAACCGUUUGGUUGUGAUUCCUGUGGACAAAGAUUCAGUGAUAAGUCGACCUUAAAGAAACACAUCAGGAUCCACACAGGAGAGAAGCCAUUUGGUUGUUACACCUGUGGGAAAAAAUUCAGCCUAAAGGGAAGUUUAAAAACACACAUGAGAAUCCACACUGGAGAAAAACCUUUUGGUUGUGAUGUCUGUGGUCAGAGAUUUCGCCAGUUGUCUAAUUUAAAUGCACACAGCAGGAUCCACACUGGAGAGAAACCAUUUGGCUGUGCUGUUUGUGGAGAAACAUUUACCCAGACGUCCCAUUUUAACCGACACAUGAGAAUUCACACAGGAGGGGAAUAAUCAGGCAGUAAAAGUGUUCCUACCUGAAGGACUGUAAUAUAUUUGAUUUUUCUAUGAACCAUGAAUGUUUUAACUUAGUGUUUAAAAUGUACAUUACUGUUGUGAUAAGCUCUUUGUUUCACUUAGUUUAUUUAAGUUGUUAUAAAAGCAUCCAUGAUUAAUUGUAGCAAUAGAUUUUAUUUGAGUAACAUUUCAAAUGUUAAAAAUAAAAUACAGAAGGCUUAGUUUUUAUACAUUUAAAUAUGGCUACAUUUAAUUUAUUUUUAAAUUAUGGCUCACAUCAGGAUCGAAACAUUUUCUCAGAUAUAUUAAAGUGAUGUUACAAAAACUUAAAGAUGCUUCAUUGUAACUUUAGACAUCCAUUCAUUAUGGAUGAAUGAAUGGUUUUUGCAUAAGCUCCUGCUAAUGGUGUUAGCUGUAGCAAUUUGUGUUAUCUUAAAUAUAAAGUUUUACUAUUGAAUAUUAAAACUUUGCUCCAUAAACUAACUAAAGUCUACAAAGUCAACCGUGCUUAUUGGCAUCAAUUCUUUGUAUUCCAGUGUUUCUCAGUUGUCUUCUUUGCUUUUCUGUCAUCAUAUCCUCGCCUUCGUAGCACAAAAUGUUUUUGGCUGAGAAGUUGACAUUGAUGCUGCUCUGCCAUGCAGCUCGGCUGAAGGAAUGCUAUCAAGUUAAUAACUUAAGAUGUUUGUUGUUUAUAUUUAUGAACAGAACUGUAUACAUAUUGUAGCCCAAAUUGGACUCUGUUUGGACCAUUUCUCUUUGCUGUUCUGGUAUGGCCACACCAUCUUUAUUUCUGUAUCAACUGACUCUGCUUAAGGAUGAUCAUUAUGGCCCUCUGCUGGAUGGAGGCUAAACUACAACACUGAUGAAAGUAAGUCAGGGGUCCUCAAGGGCCACAGUCCUGCAGUUUUUAGAUGAGCCACAGGUACAAAACACUGGAAUGAAAUGGCUUAAUUACCUCCUCCAUGUGUAG